AUCCAACGACGGCGGACUGUGUUACAGAUCAACUGGUGUCUGAAAAACGAAGAUCUCCCUGCUAUUGGAGGUAUCACUGGCUGGUGGAACUUUCUUCAGUGGAUCAGAUUGUUGGAGAUGGCUGUGGCCGGUCGAAGAUGUUUUACAUUCUCUCUUCUCUCCCUCUCCCUCCUGUCCUCCCUGUCCAUACUCUUCUCUGCCAGAAGAAUAAACAUAUACAAAGGCACUACUUUAGUGGUCCUAAGCAACACAAUGACUGAGGAUAACCUUGUGAUUGACAACAAAAUUCGAAAGUUGGAGGCAAUGGGUAGACUGGCAGACAUAACAACUCGCCUUCAGUCGUGGAAUGCAGUGACUACCAAACCAGCAAUGCACAGUGAGGAUGGAAAAGUAGCAACAGAAGCUAAAGAACUAAUGAAAUUCAACAGCAGCAUUAGCCAGGAACAAGGCCUCACCACGUCUCAAUCUUCACUUUUUAAGAGGACACCAAACUCUCUUCUGAGAGAGGUUCUGGGCAGAGGAAGAAGGGACCAGCCUCCACCAGUCUGGAGAGGUAGAGAGAGCACUCCUGAUGCAGAGACAAGGAGACUGCAGCAAAUGUUCCCUCUCUCCCCAAACUUUUCCUUCCCCAACCCUCAGAUCACUCUGCCACUGGCUACAGUAGAGAGAAGUAAGUGGAUAAAGUCUCUGCGCAGCCACCUGGCCACUCUCUCAGGAAGAAAGAUCAUCAAUCUCGUCAGCUCAAACUCCCAGUAUCAGGAUGUCCUGCUCAACUGGCUCAUAUCAUCAGUGGUGAGGUCAGGACUAGAGCUACAGUCAGUGCUGGUCAUCUCCAUGGACCUCUCUCUCCACACACGGCUCUGCAAUCGCGGAAUUCCCUCUGUCAACGUCCCUCUAUUCCAACUCAUUCAAAGCGACACAAACUUUACAAAGGCCUUUGACCGCAUCAUGAUGCUGCGAUUGUCUGUCAUGCGACUCAUCUCCCACUGGGGCUUCGACGUACACAACUACGACACUGAUGCCGUCUUACUUCGAGAUCCCCAACCUCUUUAUGAUCAGUUUCCUCACGCCCACAUGAUUGGUUCCGUGGGGAGGAUACCCUUUAAUCUAAUGACCAAAUGGGGCAUCACUGUGUGUAUCGGCGUGGUGAUUAUCAGGGGCUCGCCCCGUACUGAGGAAUACUGGGAAGCGGUGUCGAAAGCGUGCAAGUCUUCUCUGGAUGAUCAAGAAAAACUCAACUGUGGUUUGGAAGCUCUUGGUAUGGUUUGGCACAAUGCCAAUGCAGACCAAAACAGGACCGUUGUCAGUGGUACCUGCAACAACGGUCUGAGAGUGGAAGUACUUCCGUUUGGUGAUAUAUGUCGCCUAGCAACAUGUGACCCCACCCAGAGGAGCUCGUACUAUAUCUGGCACAAGGGAGGGAGCCGUACAAGGAGAGAUAAGGUCAAAGGGUCGCGAGAGGGUCGGACAUGGUUCCUGAGGUACAAAUGGAGUGAGAUAAAGAAAGUUUUGAAGGGCAAAGAAUGGCUAGAGUCUAUCGCAUACCACCAGAUCACACACUCAUAGAGUAUUCUGUAUCAUUAUUUCAAUAUCAUCAUCACUCAAG